GUACGAUGUUCUCUUCUGCUGGCUCACCAGCACGAUGCGGAGAGCCAAAGGGCCUCUGGGACGAACCAAUUUACUAAUCAUUGCUUUGCACAUGGACCAGCAACAAGCCGAGGAGAGUGGUGCAGACUACGGAUCUGUGCUCCCCGCCAGACGCAGAUUUGAUUGCUGCCGGAUUGAUUUAACUCCACGCUAUGCCUUGGUACGGCGGUUGCACGGAACUGCAGAUCGGGCCUUGUCAUCCCAGGCAGAGAUGCUGCCUGACCACGUGCUGAUGGUGAGAGACGUACUGCGACGUGAGAGGUGCUCACUACUGCAGGCUGGAGUAGCUAUGCUGGUCUACUCCAUUUGUCAAACCGGACUGCCAAUCUGCAUGCUGAUGGUCAUCCGCUGUGUGGAGACUGAUGACACUGGUGAGCUCCAGUGGCUGAGUGAAUGGACGACUUUAGACUCCAUGGUCUACUGGAUACUGGCAUACGCUGUCUUCCAAGCGGGCGCGGCAGUUGCCAACCACUGGCAGCUUCAUGCUGCGUUUCAUGUGGGCCAACGUGUGCGUGCGCAGCUGAUCAUGCUUGUUUUCCAGAAGGCUCUCCGAGUGGAUCCUCAGAGAAGGCCAUCUGUUGGUCACACAUUGACUUUGAUGGCAUCUGACGCACAGAAAUUCUUGGAGGCCAUGCCUUUCAUCCACAAGCUCUGGGGAUCACCGCUUCAGAUCGUUCUGGCCAGCGCUAUUCUCGUGUCCACGAUCUCAGCCAGCGCGCUGUGCGGCAUUCUGGUUCUCAUCGCCGUGGUUCCUAUCUCCAAGAACCUAGGUAAACUCCUGCAGAGGUCUCGGCAGCGGCAUCUUCAGUUCACGGAUCAGAGAGUCCGGAUGUGCGUCGAGCUUCUGGAAGGGAUACGUUGCAUCAAGUUCUUCGCUUGGGAAAGGCCUUACCUGGAACGUGUCUUUCAGAAGCGCCAACAGGAGCUGUAUUGGGCCAUGCGAGAGUCGUUGGUAUACGGCGUGUCCAUGCUGGUAACAGUCUUGGCGCCGACAUUAGCCUUCGCAACCACGCUUGUGGCUUUUGCCCUACUGGGCGAGGGCUCGUUUUCUGCUACCCGCCUUUUUGGCACGCUGGCACUGCUAAACGCGCUGCGAUUUCCAAUCAUGGACUUGGGUUCCAUGCUCGCGUCGAUUGUGGCUCUCCACACGGGCUGGCAGCGCAUCCAGCACUUUCUGGACCUCGCCGAGGCUGGCAUUCCGGUGGCCAGGCUCGAAGACGAUGUGGAGUUGAAGAUGGAGAGAUGUAGGUUUUCCUGCAACGUUGACGGGGAGGAAUGCUUUCAGCUGUCUCUCGACGCGACACUGACACUGAAGCGUGGUGAUCUUUGUCUGGUUCUAGGCAAAGUUGGCAGUGGCAAAUCCACCUUGCUUCAAGGAAUCCUGGGCGAACAUCGCUGUUCGUCGGGUCUGUUGUCCGUGAGCAAUGGUGUUGCUUACUGCGCCCAGCAGCCAUGGAUUCGCAACGAGACCCUGAUGGACAAUAUUCUCUUUGGGGAGGAGCUGGACUCGGAAUGGUACGACACGGUUCUUGCCGCCUGUGGGCUGGGUCCAGACUUGAAGCAGCUGCCAUACGGAGACCAGACUGAAAUCGGAGAGAGGGGUGUGACCAUCAGUGGUGGUCAAAAGCAGCGAGUCGCACUGGCUCGUGCUGUCUAUCAGCGCAAAUGCUCGAUGGUAAUUCUGGAUGAUGUUUUUUCAGCUCUGGAUGCACACACAUCAAGCCACAUCAUCAAGGCUCUUUUCCAUGGACAGAAGGGGCUCCUGCGGGAUCGUGCAGUUCUUUUGGCAUCGCAUCAAACAGCCUGCGCUUUGCAAGCCCAGCGAGUUCUGCUGCUAGGCCUGGCGGCAGGCCAGAAGGAUGCCUCUAUACCGCACUCCUCGCUUCUCUUUGAGGGAGAUUGGCUGGAUCUCUGCAAACAGCCACACCUACUGUCACUGCUUGGCCAUGCCACUCGGCCAUGUUUGGACAGCUGUGGAUCUGUACGACAGAUGCAUCAAAAAUUUCUGGAGCAAACCCGUCUAUUGGGCCGGACCCCAUCAGAGGUUGAGAUCUGA